AACCAACUAAGAGGUAUACCAUAAAUUUGACUUAUUGAUUUUUCCCUUUUGGUGGUGGUUUGGUGGUGAUAAAAUCUUUGACGAUCUUCUCUCUCUCCAUCGGGGAAAGAAAAAUGGAAAACAAGAAGAAAUACAAAACAAAACGUCCUAAAAUGGCUAAAAAUUGUAGCUUAUGUUCUGUCAUUGUAGCAAAUACAUGAAUGCUAAAAUGUUUUGUAGGUCACUGAAUACAAAGAAAAAUGAGUUAUAGAAGCAAGAGUGGCAGGAAAAAGGUUUUUAUUUAUUUAUUUAUAAAACAGGAGCUCUAGGAUUGGAAUGAUGUGGAAAUAAAUGCCAACAUUCAACUUGUAUUGGGUCUUCAUAACAUGGAUGGCUGCCAGAAACUUCCAGUUCUUAACACAAAAUGUUGCGGAUGACUGCACUCUCUCUCAUGGUUAGUGAAUGAUUUUGUUAUUUUUAAUUAAGUUAGCUGAGUGGUUUAGUAAUGAUUGUCGGACUUAGUUGUCAAACCAAAGUAUCUCAUGGCCUUCACUUUUGGUUAUGAUCAAAAGAAGAAUAUUGAUGCAGCAGUCAAAAAGUUAUCACAGAACUUCACCAUUUUGUUGUUCCAUUAUGAUGGUCAGACAAGUGAGUGGGAUGAAUUUGAGUGGUUAAAGCGGGCUAUCCACAUAAGUGUCCGGAAACAAACUAAAUGGUGGUAUGCCAAACGUUUUCUGCAUCCUAGGAUCGUGGCAACCUACGAACGAUUAUGUUUUUAUGAAGCAUGGAUUGGAAAUUUCUCAUCUUGGUUUUUGGAGCCAAAUGGUGGUUUUACAUGGCAGAUGACCAACAAGAGGGAUGACAGUGAAGUUCGCUAUUUGUCCUCCAGAAAAACCGAAGAGAGAGAUGGUGCACUGAUCCACACUUGCCACCAUGUGCAGCAUAUAUUUGUUGAAAUCAUGGCACCUGUGUUUUCUAGAGGUGCAUGGCACUGUGUUUGGCAUAUGAUUCAGUGCUGUGAUGCUUUGGAUCAACAUCAAUGCAUAACGAGGCAACCUCCAAAGUUUGAAAAUAGAUUAUUCGUUUGAGGAGCUUCUGUACCCAUUUUCGAGAAAUAGAGAAUCAUUGGAGGUACUAUUAUACCUUGCUUCUAUGGAACUAUUUUUUGGCUUAAGUAAUCGGCUUCAGAAUCAACUCAAUUUCCUUUGCAUUGACUUGUCUACUACUUGCUCUCAUCUUGAAUCUGAAGCCCUCCUUUAACAACUUUGAGGGCAAAUUUUAGCCCGAAUAAUUUUGAUACAAAUAAGUGACCCAUCUGGACAAAUCACUUGGAUUCGACGUGGGCUGAAAAGUGUUGAUGGAAGGAAUAUUACUGAAACUAUUGACAGUAGGUUUUCCAUGCCGAACUAUAAUUUGGUGUUGCAGUUUCCUUAAAUUGGCGGUUUUGGACAAUUUAUUGUAUUCUUUAUGAAGUACUUCUUCUGUUAUCCAGCAUCUAGAUAGGUGUUGAAAUGAGCCUUAGAAUCGUGUUUCCCUUUUGCUUUUCUCUGCAGUUAGUGCUCCACUUGGUGUGCUUCACUUCAGUUGCUUUCCAAAUGCUUUUGCUUUGUCUAACCUACAUAAACUUUAUUACAAU